UUGGUCGAUUGAUGUCUGAUGGCGGCUGAGGUACGAAGGGAUGGACACGUGCGCGAGUCACGAGGGAGAAGCAACUCGCAGAAGGGAAAAAAUACAAAGCAACAUGAGUGAGGACGAAAAAGAAGUUGAUUUGGAAAGCAGCGACGAUGCUGACAAAAGAGCACAUCAUAAUGCUUUGGAAAGAAAGAGAAGAGACCACAUCAAAGAUAGUUUUUCUCACUUACGGGACUCCAUCCCUUCACUGCAAGGAGAAAAGGAAAUGACACGUGGUAUGAAAUGCGAAAACAUUACACCCAAGGCGUCAAGGGCACAAAUACUAAAUAAAGCAACAGACUACAUUCAGCAUAUGAGGAAAAAGAAUCACACACAUCAGAUGGAUAUUGAUGACCUUAAAAGACAAAACAUGAUACUAGAUCAACAAGUUCGAGCACUAGAAAAAGCAAGGACCACUGGUCAGUUUAAUGCAGAUGCAACAGCUGCUCUCUUAUCUACACCUGAUUCUUUGUUAAGUACUUCACCAAACCCAGAAUCCCUACUUGAAGGCCUCAAAGACCCUAACUCUCCUUUAGAUGGCUUAACGGUCAAGACAGAAAACAACAAUACUGACUCUGCAUCAGAUGAAGAGUAUCCGAGCAAAACCAAGAGGAGGAAGAGGGAUGGUUAGAAUGUGCUUUAAUAAUUGGUACAUUUUGUAAAUUUAUAGAAUUGUUUUUAAAUUUAUUUUCUGAUCUUGCUGGCUCUUCCUGUUUUAUCACCUUCAAAUCAUUCUCAUACCUUCGUAAUGAUUUAAACUUAGUCAGUAGACUCUACUGCAAGAAUCUAGAGUUAUUUUUUAUCUCCCUGGUGGAGCAUAAAAAAUCAUUUUAGAAACUAGAUAGAACUGGGAUGGAUAUAUUCAAAGGGUAACAUAUAUCAGAUUCUGAGAUAAUCACUAGUGAAAAGCACAAUGGAUUUUAGUUAAUAAAUAUUAAGCAUAGCAUUCAUAAAAAUAUCCAGUUCUAAUAAACCUAGAAUCUUGAAUGUCUUUUACAUAUAUUUUCUAUGGUAGUCGUGCUUGGCAUCUGCCAUAUUGCUCUGUAAAACUCACUUCAAAAGAAAAGUCAAGACAUCAAGUUUGACAAAGGCUGAGCAAGUAUAGAUUUGUGUUUGAUUGUAAUUAAUCUUGAACUUGACUAUAGUCUGCUAGAAGUGAGGCCCUGUUAGGCGUAAAUUCUGACAAAGACAUGAUCUAAAAAUGGCAACACGAGAGUCACAAACUAGCAAAGAAUCACAGUGACUGCUCUAAUGGAUUACUGACUCCCUGUUAGAAGUAAAUUCUGACAAGCAAAACAAGAAUGUUCCGAAAUUGCAACAUUGGUAGUGUUAAAAUCAUAAAAUCAGAUGAAGGACAUGGGUACCCCCUUCUCUAAUAGGGCCUCAGUAGUCAUAGAUGCAGAUCAUAUGUGAUUGCAUGUUAACAAUAUGUAAUCAUUGCGUUUUAUUAUAUCCUGUUAAUGGUGCUUUUAAUGUAUAUAUACUGUGUCUGAAACAAGUAAUAAACAGGAAUGAAACAGAGCCGUUAUCA